AUGAAUGAAAAUCUUAUUCAUAAAAAUUUAGUAAACAGGAUUUUAAAUAAAGAUGAUAACAAUAAAGUAAUGGGUGAUAAGUCAUCAUGUGUAGAUGGAGAGAAAGAAAAUGAAGAAGAGAAUGAGAAAAAAGAAAAUGAAAUGAGCAAAGAUAAAAUACAAAUUAGCUAUAAGAGUAUUUUUUUAUUUCAGAUAUUUUUAUUUUUGAUAUAUUUUUUAGUAUUACUUAUUGGAUCUUUUAAUUUUUCUUUUAAACUUUUCCAAGUUAGAGAAAAACAUUUAUAUGAAUUUUUAAAUAAUAUUAAGAGCGUACCAUGUUAUAAUUCUUUUUAUAUUAAGAAAGGACCAAAGGAUAAUAAACAUAAUAAUAAUAAUAAUAUAAAUGAAGCAAGAAAGAAAAGAAAUAUUGUAUAUAAGAAUACAGACAACUUAGUACAUACUCAUGAUAAGAUUCCAAAUAUAAAUUUCAAAUAUUAUUUUACAAGAGGCAAACAUUAUAAAAUUGAGAAUAAUGAAAUGAAAGAAGAAAAUAAUAAAGAAAUAAAAAUGUUUAUAUGUCUAAAUAAAAAACAAAAACUGUAUAAUAAUGAUAUAAAAGAAGUAUUAUUAAAAUGGAAAACAUAUGUACAUAAAUUUCUUCAUUUUUGUUUAAAUGAAAUUAAAAAUGCAUUUUUUAAAAAAGAAAAUAAAACAACUAUACAAAAUAAUAUGAAAAAUUAUAUAAUAGAUAAUUAUAAAAAUAAUCAGGAUAUUGAAGUUUAUAAAUAUUUAUAUUAUAACUUUUUAUUAAAUAAAAAUACAUCUUAUAAAAAUUAUUAUGUAAAUAUGGAACAUAUAUUUUAUAUGUAUAUUAAUAAUAUUUGUUAUUAUCAUGAUUUUAAUUAUAUUCAAACAAUUAUAAGUCAUAAUACAUCUAAUACAACAACAUUCAUAAAUAUAGACAAAAAUAUUAUGGAUGAUAUUUUAAUAGAAAAUAAUAAAAAAGAUAUUACUUUAUUAAUAAAUCAUAUCAAUACUUAUUUAAAUGACGAUAUAUUUCAUGAACUUUUAAAUACAUUAUAUUUUAAGAUAUGUAAUAAACCAAAUUUAAUUAAUUAUCUUAAAAAGAAUCAGAAAGAUAAUAAUACAUUAUUAAAUAUGGAUAGUAAUUCAUCUGAACAAAAUCAUUAUAAUAAUUUUCAUAAUAUAAAUUAUUUUAAAUAUUAUACAUUAUAUAAUAAUAUACAAGACAUAAAAAAUAAUACUAAUCAUUUUCAUAAAUUUAUAAACAGAAUACAAACAAAUAUUAGAACAGUACAAGUAUUAAAAGGAUUAAAUAAAUGUAUAAAAAAAUAUAUAAGGAAUUUAAUAAAAAUACCUUUUUAUUUUUUUAUGGAUGAUUUUUAUGAUACACCUUGUUAUGUAUACAGCAAAUUGAUUAGUAAUUUAUUAAGAAAUUAUUAUAAGGGAAUUUUUUUAUAUUUUAUUAUUUUUAUUGGAUUUGUUCAUGUAGUAUUCUCUCCAUUCCCAAUAACGCUAGUACAUUUUAGAAGAUUUUUUAUUUAUCUUAUAAUAAUAAUCUAUCGUUUAUUUAUCUUAUAUUUUAUACCCUCUAUAAUUCAAUAUGUAAUUUAUAAAUUUCAUAAUUUUAAAGAAGAAUAUAUACAUAUUUUUGAUUAUUCAGAUCAUGUCAUUUUAUUCUGUACAUUACUAUUUAUUAUUUCCCUUGAAAUCAAAGCUAUUGAAUAUACAAUCAAACAUCAAGAAUCCAGUUCAGAUCAUUUUCAUUUUAAAUAUAACAGAAAUUUCUGUUUCUUCUUUUUAAAAUUCAUUUUGUAUUAUUAUUAUAUUCUUAUAUCCUUUUUUCUAUAUACUAGUUAUUUUACUUCUAAAUUCUUUCAUACAACAAAUGAAAUAUUUGUUGCCUAUUUCUUUUCAACUUUUUCUAUCUUUUUCUUCUUUUAUUUUUUCUUAUAUAAAAAUUAUUUCAGCUUUUAUAGUAUUGGAAUAACUUCUUAUAUGAAAAAAAAUAAUACUGCUCCUUCUAAUGUCUUCCACACACCUUCUUGUUUAUCAAUUACUGGAAAGUCUUUAAAAGAUAAAUUUAACAUCGAAUAA